ACCCGAUAAAGGAAGAAGAAGAAAAAUUUUUAGGUUAUGAAGUUGAAUUAAUAAAAACAUGAUCGGAAAUAAAAUAUUAAAUACUUUUUUAAAACAACAGCGAAUUAGUGUUAUUCGUAAAUUUAGUUCUCAAAUUAACAUUGAAAAACUAGAAGAGGAAUCUAAUUUAAGUCCCAGUGAUUUUAUAAGUGACGAAGCAAAAGCUAGAGAUGCUAUAAUCGAACAAAAACGAAACAAAUCUCGUCUUAGAGAACAGGGUAGAAGCAUAUUAAUGAAUAAAAAUCCUUACCCUGAGCCUUGUGCUUCCCAUCACGGAACCUUAAAAUAUAUUAGACGAACCUAUGGAUGUUACGGAGAAGCUUCAGGAGUAAAUCCUUCUCUGUGUUGGCCUGUAAAAGAAGAAUUAGAUAGUUCAAAAGAAUAUGAAAGGCUUAAGCAUCCAUACACUAUACCAGAAAUGAUUGCUGAAGCAGCAAAGUUAAAGAAAGAGAAAGAAGAAAGGACUGCUAUGAGACAGGAGGAAAUUGUUAAGAGAAUGCAAAAAUUAGAAGGAUGGAAACAGGAUUUAUUCAAUAGAAUAGCCAAAAAGGAAGCUGAAGCAAGAUCAGUAAAGGAACGCAAGGAGAGGCUUGUAGAAGAAGUCAAGAGACAUUUCGGUUAUUCUGUAGACCCCAAAGAUGAGAGAUUCAAAGAAAUGCUAGAAAAGAAAGAGAAAGAACAGAGAAAAGCUCUAAAAGAAGAGCGACGCAAACAAAAAGAGGCAAAAUUGAUGGAUAAAGUUUCCAAAAAGGGGAAUCAUGAGAAUCAAGAUAAUGAAAAAGAAAGUGAUGAUAAAGAAGAGUCGAGUAAAAAUAAGAACAUAAAAGAGGAAUAAAAUGUGUUAAAUAUAGUUUUAAUUUUGAAACUAAUUAUAGUUGUUAUUUAA